AUGGGGGACUGGAGCCUGCUGGGGCGGCUGCUGGAGAGCGCCCAGGAGCACUCCACAGUGGUGGGGAAGGUCUGGCUCACCGUCCUCUUCGUCUUCCGCAUCCUGGUGCUGGGGGCGGCUGCUGAGAGGGUCUGGGGCGACGAGCUGUCUGGCUUCUCCUGUGACACGCAGCAGCCUGGCUGCCAGAAUGCCUGCUAUGACAGCACCUUCCCCAUCUCCCACCUCCGCUUCUGGGUCCUGCAAAUCAUCUUCGUCUCUACACCCAGCCUUGUGUACCUGGGCCACAUCCUGCACCUGGUGCAUCUGGAGGAGAAGGCGCAGCAGCAAGCAGUGGCACAGGCCAGCAGUGGGGCCAGGCGGCAGCGCCCCAGGCAGCCCCGGCUCCCUGCAGGGGACACGCGGGGACGGGUCUGCAUGCGGGGGGCCAUCCUGAGGACGUACAUCUGCAACGUUGUCUUCAAGGCUCUCUUGGAAGUGGGCUUCAUUGUGGGCCAGUACACCUUGUAUGGAUUCCAGCUGAAGCCCCUCUACACCUGCAGCCGCUGGCCCUGCCCCAACACUGUCAACUGCUACAUCUCCCGGCCCACCGAGAAGACCAUUUUCAUCCUUUUCAUGCUGGGGGUGGCCUGCGUGUCCCUGCUGCUCAACCUGGUGGAGAUCUACCACCUGGGUCUCACCAAGUGCAGGCAGGGGCAAGGCCCCAAGUCCCGCAUCCUGCCCAGUCCUGGUGGUCCUGUGGGGCCCCGCAGCACCCUGCCUGGCAAUGGCAGGCCUGGGGCUGCUGGAAGACCCCCCCACGGCCUAGCACCCCUGGGGAAGGCGGGUACAUGGCUUGGGGUGGCCAGUGGGGUCCACGGGAAGGUGCGAGUGGCAGACCUGGCAGUGUGA